ACUCAGAUAACGGAGAGCUACUUCACAGCGUCCGCUCACUCUACUGUCCAAUGUCAGAGGUACACACGGACCGUUACUGAGACAGGAUUGUCUCCACGACAUCACCGGGGAGCGUUACCGUGGAUCCACUUUGGGUGAACUUUUAUUUUCCUUAUAAAGCCUAUUCUCUUCCACACAACUCCGACCAGAGGAAUGGCAGAUAAGCGGCGCUCCCCGUGCACACUGAGCGUGAAGGCACACGCCUUCUCAGUGGAGGCACUUAUCGGUGCAGAAAAGAGGCGAAAGCUUGAGGAGGACACUGGGAGCUGCUUUGAGGAAGGGAUCGAGGUUUCUGACCUUACCGGGAGCCCGGGGCCGCGAGCUGAGAGAGCUUGCGCCAACGACAGGGGCAGAGAGAUAGAAUGUGCAAGUAACGGCUCGCCGGACAGCGAAGACAUCUUGUUGGAGAGCCCGCGACCUGACUCCCACUGCACUCAGCUGGCCAUUUCAACAUCGGUAACCGGACCAGGGGAGGAGAUGCGCGUGGACCUGCAGGGCUCAGAUCUAUGGAAACGAUUUCACGAGAUCGGCACAGAAAUGAUCAUCACUAAAGCCGGAAGGCGCAUGUUUCCCGCUAUGCGCGUGAAGAUCGGGGGUUUGGACCCGCAUCAGCAGUAUUACAUUGCCAUGGAUAUCAUUCCAGUUGACAACAAACGCUAUAGGUACGUGUACCACAGCUCGAAGUGGAUGGUAGCAGGAAACGCAGAUUCGCCUGUGCCGCCACGCGUUUACAUUCACCCGGACUCUCCGGCCUCUGGUGAGACGUGGAUGCGUCAAGUGAUAAGUUUCGACAAACUCAAACUGACCAACAACGAGCUGGACGACCAGGGACAUGUAAGUGUGCCUAUCAUUCUGCACUCCAUGCACAAGUACCAGCCGCGGGUGCACGUGAUCCGCAAGGAGUGUGGUGAGGAGCUGUCCCCCGUCAAGGCCGUCCCUCAGGGGAACGGCACCAGGACCUUCUCCUUCCCCGAGACUGUCUUCACCACGGUCACCGCGUACCAGAACCAACAGAUAACAAGGCUGAAAAUCGACAGGAAUCCCUUUGCCAAAGGCUUCAGGGACUCUGGCAGGAACCGGAUGGGACUGGAAGCUCUGGUGGAGUCCUAUGCUUUCUGGCGGCCGUCUCUAAGAACCCUGACGUUUGAGGACAUCCCUGGCAUGGCCAAGCAAGGAAUCUCAGGAAGCCAUGGAGCCAUGGGGGCGUCGUCUCACCUGCUCUCCUCCUCCCCUUGCUCCUCCCCCUUCCAGGUGUGCCCUCUCAGCCCGCCAGAUUACACCUGCAGCCGCCCGACACACCCCCUCCAUCGCUACGGCAACCCCCCAGAGCCCUUCCCCCCUCCACGAGGUCCGUCGGCCUAUGAGAGCGAAGGCUUCUGCUCUCUGUCCCUCCCACCCUCUCAGAUUGGCUACCUCCCUAACCCGUCUCCCCAAGGUUAUGGGAGUCUCCGCCUACACAGCCCUCCUUAUGGUCUCUAUGGUUACACUUUCCCUCCCUCGCCUCGCUUGGCUGCAAGCCCCGACAAGAUGGCUGCUGCUGCUGCGGCAAAUCAUCAGAACUCUUUCCUUGGCUCCUCCCCCAGCGGAACACUAACGGACAGUCUGGGCAUGCUCAGUGGAAGUCAACAGGGCUUCCUGUUCGACUCCCGGACUUUGGGCUUGGCCGGCAGCCAAUCGGGUGGAGGCCAAGUCACCGCUCACAUGGGCUGAACUUCACCUUCGACCUCCGCGGUUGUCAUGGAAACGGGGUGCUGUUGUGGAGAAGACGGGG